GCAGAAACACCGGCGGAAGUUAGGGAGGCUGAAGCCAGAGCGGGGCGGGGCCAAGAGGAGUCUCUGACCGCUGUCAAGAUGGAGGAGUCCAGCACGUGGGACGAGAGAAGUAGCGGCUCCAGCAGCAGCAGUGAUCGUGAUGACGAAGAGGAGGAGAUGGAGAUGGGGGAGAAAGGGCCAGAAGGAGCGAAAGUACAAGGGAAGGGUCGCGGGGGAACGUAUGUGCCGGGACAGGGUCCCCCUCCAGCACCUGGAGAAGAGCUGGUGAUGGAUGAGGGCGCCUAUCGGCUUUACCAUCGUGCAGGCACAGGCGCCCCUUGCUUGAGCUUUGACAUUGUGCGAGAUGCCCUUGGAGACAACCGAAACAGCUACCCACUGAGCCUUGUUCUUUGUGCUGGAACUCAGGCUGAAAGUGCCCAAGCCAAUAGGCUCAUGGUGAUGAAGAUGCACAACCUCCAUGGGACCAAACGAGCUGGUAAAGAUACUUCGGGGUCAGAGAGCAGUAGCAGCGAGAGUGAAGAUGAAGAAGAUGAAGAGAAGAAACCCCAGCUGGAACUGGCCAUGGUUCCCCAUUAUGGGGGUAUUAACAGAGUGCGGGUGACGGAGCUGGGUGAAUCACAGAUAGCAGCCGUUUGGUCUGAGAAGGGACAGGUGGCUAUUUAUGACUUACGGCAACCCCUAGUGGCUGUGUCUGACUCUCAAGCCAUGGCAGUCUUCCUGCGAGAAGAGCAGGCCAAGAUCAAACCCAUCUUCUCAUUCGCUGGGCAUAUGACGGAGGGGUUCGCCAUGGACUGGUCCCCCAAGAAGCCAGGCACUCUUCUGACUGGUGACUGCAACAAAAAUAUACAUUUGUGGACACCCAAGGAGGACGGCUCAUGGUUUGUAGACCAGCGACCUUUCACAGCCCACGCCGCAUCCGUGGAAGACUUGCAGUGGUCCCCAAACGAAGCUACGGUUUUUGCUUCCUGCUCCGCUGAUGCCUCCAUCCGCAUUUGGGAUACACGGGCGGCGCCAGGGAAAGCCUGCAUGUUGACAGCCAGCCAGGCGCAUGAUGCAGACGUCAAUGUAAUCAGCUGGAAUGGAAAUGAGCCCUUCAUCGUUAGUGGUGGAGAUGAUGGGGCCUUAAGGAUCUGGGACCUGAGGCAGUUCCAGAAAGGCUCUGCUGUUGCCACCUUCAAGCAGCACACGGCCCCCAUCACGUCUGUCGAAUGGCACCCUACAGACAGUGGCGUCUUUGCCGCCUCUGGAGCCGAUGACCAGGUGACGCAGUGGGACUUGGCUGUGGAGCGAGACGAGGAAGGGGAAGCAGAGGACUCUGCUUUAGCCUCCAUCCCACCCCAGCUGCUGUUUGUUCACCAGGGAGAGAAUGACAUCAAGGAACUGCACUGGCACCCACAGUGCCCUGGCACUCUGGUCACCACAGCCCUGUCUGGUUUUAACAUCUUUCGGACCAUCAGCGUCUGAGGGAGAGGCUUUCAAAAUGGCCACCUCAUGCCUCUCUUUUUCAGGCGAGGUGGCCCUUGGCCUUUUAUUCACUACUGCUUGUUUCAAGAUGGCUGCCACUUCUCCUUCCUGCGGACUAAGAACCUUCUAAAAGGGCUUCUUUUGUUGGUCUAAAUUAACUAAUCAUUUCUACUCUGGAAUAGAAGUCUCCACAGUUGUCCUAGACUAUAAGCUUGGCAGUUUUUUUGAUGAGGUCAUCCGCUUUUCCUGCCCUCCAAUUAAUGGAUGAUAACGAUUAGAAUAGCCUCUGUUCUCCUUUAUCUGCACUAAUUUCAUAGGGUUUAUUCUUUCUACCCGUGAGCAAAUUGGAUGACUCAGGCCUCAUGCAGAUGCUACCAUUCUGCUAUAGGAGAGAAAACAGAGAGUUCAAACGGAUUAGGGGUUUCUGCUGUGCGUGGACCUGUCUAGUCUGUAUGGUUUAUUAAACUCCUUUUAAGUAUCUGUACGAACUAUAGGUUUGCGGACGAUACUUCAGUGGGGAGGGAGCGAACAGUUUUCAAACCAGAAGCGUUUGCAAAGAAUGAUGUGUGUUUAAAUAUAAAUUAUUUUGGAAGAAA